UAUACGCGAGCGGACUAAAGCCGCCCCCGUGGUCGAUUUUAACCCGGAAUUUUACCAUUUUUUUUGGAUCAUACUACCGUAAAGGUUGUGGAAUAUAGGAGAGUCAUGUCUCUAAUAUGACUGCCGCAAAUUCGGCGGCGAAUGGUGCUAGUUUGGAAGAUUGUCACACCAACUUGUUCGCCCUGACGGAUCUUUCGGGCAUCAAAUGGCGUAAGUUCAGCUACGAUUGUCCCCAGGAGCCCCUGGGGCCCCUGGAGGAUCCCGUCCUGCUUUCCUACUCGCGCUGCAUCGCAGCUAACAUUCUCAGCGUGUGGCAUCGUGUCCCGUACAUGAACACGGACCUAUUACUCUCUCUAGAUGUGCCGACGAAACCUGACCCCAUUUGGUCUAAGGAACUAUGGAUUUAUUGGUACGGAGAUGACCCUAAUCUGGAAGGGAAGAUUUUACCGGAUUUAAAAGACGUGGAUGACGGUCAUUGGGAUAAUGGCCUGUCUUAUGAGUGCCGCACGUUGCUCUUCAAGUCACUGCAUAAUCUCAUUGAGAGGUGUUUGUUGAGCCAUAAUUAUGUCCAUCUUGGCCGAUGGUUUGUCAGGCCAUAUGACAGCCUUCCUGCAACUCCUGACUCAUUCAAUGAUCACCUGUCAUUCGCCUUUAGUUUCUUCCUACAUGGAGAGAGUACAGUAUGUGCUAACAUUGAGGUCUCCCUCCAUCAACCGGUGUGCCGGCUGUCAAUGGACCAUCUUGCCCUUGCGCAGGGAUCUGCGACCGGUUUCCAAGUUAUCCUGACACCGUACGGACUGAGUGGAGUACUGACUGGUCAUUCCUACAAAGCUAGCCAUUCGGUUAGUCGUAGGAUCCUAAAUGAGUGGUGCCACUUCUACCCUAUCAAGUUCCAAGGGGAGGAGGAUGGGGGUAGAGACGUACCCCAAGAUGAAGACGGCCUGGAGGAUGGCCUUCCUGCUGUUGUUGAUGUCCUUGUGGGUGGAGUACGGAUGUUGUAUCCGACUGCCUAUGUGCUGGUACCCCAGAGUGAGGAGCUUGCCCAUGUCCCCAUGGCACCACUGUCUGGCAUGACAUACCUUCCCCCUCCCCCAGUUCAGAAUGCUGGGGCAAGAAUACAUGGCAUCACAGCUGCAGCCAUGUCGUCAAUCUCAUUGACUCCGCCCACUUCCCCGCCCGACCAGCCCAUUCCGGGCGAAGCUAAGAUCACCAUGGUAUCAUCAGGGAUGUAUCCAAGCACCCCUGACCCGUCCAUGUGUUCCCUAGAGUCCGAGAUGACAUCACCAGCAUUGGCUGGACGUGUCGCUGGUAGAAUGUGGAGGGAAUUGACAGUGGCUGCUGAUAACCCAGCAAUUGUUAGCACUCCUCAACCCGUUGAGCCAGCUGUCAUGCCCAAUGAGGACGGAACCACAACAGAGACAAGGAGUACCGCCACCAAUACUAUGGUCACAUGGGAGUUCAACGACCCUUGCUCAAGAUCCAACUGUGGUUGCUCAAGGCAAAAAGCCCUAAAGCAAAAAGGAGGUUUACCUUUCAGCAAGUCUCAUCAAUCAGGCCAUAUUAGCAGCAAGCACUCCAAGUCAGACUCUAAGCAGGAGCGUCAACAGCGGACCCAGCGCCCUGUCACGCCGUUCCACCAUCGUACAAUGAUAAGCGAAGACCUUCUAGCCCUGGAGCAAGAAGCUGUUAAUCAGAGACUUUCACUCCAGAGUGCUGCAUCAAACUUACCCGCCACUGCUGCACAACAGCAACCGCAGCAGGACAGUAAACUCAACACAGGCAAAUUCACCCAGCCAAGCCCGGCGUUUCGUCCUGUCGGCCCGAAUGAUUCCGUACUGACGGAAUCGCCUCCCUCCGUUGCACCCUCGCCGCUUAUCCCUCCACCGGCGAGUGCAACGAACGCUAAUGAGAGAACUAUGCCCGCGUUAAGCCCGUACCCACCCGCCCGAAGCGGGAGUGAUUCGGGUACGCCAACGGCCACCAACGCACCGGCUGUCUUCUCACGGACGGACACAAUCCCCCCUAACCCGGAUCAUCCGGAGGGUGUAGGGAUGCUGCCCAUGAUGGGUAUGCACAUUGUGGAUGCUAUACAGAAAGGCAUGAUUGAUGCUCAUCAUUUAGCUGAUGCUAAAGAGGAAUCUGAGGAGGAUCCAUUAUGGCAGUGCUUCAAACUUCCAAGAGAUGCCCACUUUGAUUAUAAGAGACCACUCCUACCAGCACAGUGUUAUGAAUUGGAUGAUACUGAUGGUAUCGGAUUGGAAACUCUCUAUGACAUGGACAAUAAUGAAGAGAUCUUCUCCCAACCUAUGAAGAAGCUGAAGCCUGAGAGACCAGCAUUGAGCAACCAUGAUCUACUUACGGGCAACUUCUCUGUGGAUCAGCUGGACUAUAAGCCACCACCGAGGGCAGCAUCUCCUGAACCAGUGGACCCCUAUGAGUUCAUGGAGCAUGAUACAUCUCCAACAAGCCGAGUGAUUUCCUAUCGCAGUCGUGGCAAAGAUUUCAAAGGCAAACCUAAAGGGCUCCAGCAAAGACGCAACAGCAUACGCAAGGAACGCAAGAAACAGGAGGAAGAGGCAGCAAGACGUGCUGAAGAGGAGAAGAUAAAACAAGAGCAACUCAACCAGGAGCAGUCUCAGAAUAAUGCUGUUGAUGAGAAAGGUGGGAGACUUGACUCUAGCAGCCUGUUGCAGGGUAAUGACCUUAAAGUGACUUCCUAUGAAGACUUGGACCAGCUCUUCCAAUCAUCUGAUGAUGACGAUGAUGGGGGUGCCUUUGAGAAGGAGAGUCUUGGACCUCCAUCAGAAGAAGCCAAACCCCUCUCAGGGAACUCAAGUGGCCCAGUUGGUGUACCCUACAACACUGCGACGGAUCUAGUGAUGUUUCCUACUCCACCCUCCUUGGAACAGCAGAACUCCGCCUUCUCCCCAAUCAACCAGCCAUGCCUGGAAUACCUCAAUCACGGCUCAGUGGCUGGAGUAACACAGAUUGAGCAGACUAGUCUAGGAGAUAUCUCAGAGGUAGAGGUAGAUGACACUAUGGGGAGUCCGAAACCAGACACAGUCGAGGACUGGUCGUAUGUAUAUAAAGCCCCCACGCUGGAACGAUUCGUCGGAGCUAGUAUGUACGCACCACUCAAGUCAUUACCAAGUAGCAAGCUACCUCCCCUCAGAAUACCAGAGAAUUGUUUCUACAAGCCAUCAUGGCAGAUUCCACUUUCACCAAAGCCUGAAUUUAUAGCUUCAACCAAAGAAAGUGUUGCAUCUGGAAAUGGUCAGCUGAUAAACUCUCCUGCUUCAGCUGCAAUCGCUGUUGGUGUUUACCCUCCUGGCAGUCAAGGACCACGGAGUGUGACCAAUGCUGAUAUAGCGCCCUCUCCAGCCUCCGAGGCUUCUUCCUACAUCAAGAAUCUUAACUCUCUGGAAUCAGCCUCAUUAGGUAACAACAUCCCUGAGGCACAUAGCCUCACUGUUAACCUUGCGCUCUCCGACUCGCAGCUCAACAUUUUCAAAGACCGGAACUUUGACAGCUGUGUUAUCUGUGCGUGCAACAUGAGCAUCCGUGGUGGAGAAGCCAUAUCAGCUUUUGAUCCCAUGGGACCCUGCAGUUGUGGGUUCAGCUCUGUAAUGAACCGUCGGUACGGCACGGGCAGUGGGCUGUUUGCCGAGGAUGAAUCUGAAAUAACGGGGCAGUUUAGUGAUGUGGCCCUCUGGGCGUACCACCGGGAUAACCCUAUGUUAGCUGCUGAGUUUGCCCGUAAGGGACCCAUGGGCCUGGAGGGUGGCCUGAGCAGACUUUACACAAAGGACGGGAACUUGGUCGGCACCGAGACCAUGAGAACUUCAAACACGCUGUUGCGUUUGAUUCAGGAUCAGUGUAACACGCCAUAUUCAACAUUGUGUCGCUUAAAUUAUAUCACCAAAAGGAGGAACAUUAACAGCUCAGGUCAGCUUGCCAGAAGUCAGUUGGAGAUAGAAGAUGGGUGUGAGGCAUGUUUUGCAGCCUUGGAGCAAGGUCGGCAGGUAGCAGAGAACUCCAGCAAUGCUAAGCUCGAUGACACACUUCUCAAGAGUUCAUGUCUACAUAAUUGGCCUUACUCUCCAGGGAUGUAUCGCAGCCAACUGUCGUCCCAAGACAUUGUACGUACCCUCUCCUCCCUCCAGCCACUUCUCCAAGAUGCUAUACAGAAGAAGAGGACAACUAGGUUAUGGGAGCGACCUUACACUGUCCAAGGUCCUCUGACAUGGCAGGUCUUCUUCAACUUAGCUGCUAAAGGUUCAUCUGAAUCCCCAGAACCAUUACCCAUUCCACCUCUACUGGUUGGUUAUGACAGAGACUGGCUGUCAUCGUCACCCUAUGCUCUCCAUAACUGGGAGAAGCUGUUUCUUGAACCCUACAGCUCAUCGCGAGACAUUGCAUAUGUUGCAUUGGUACCUGAUAAUGACUUUGUACUUCAGUGUGCUAAGAGUUUCUUCAAGGAGGUGACUGCUGUGUAUGAGAGUUGUCGAUUAGGUCGACAUGCCCCUAUUGCUAAGACACAGCGAGAUGGCAUCUUCCGCAUUGGCAACAAGUAUGCAUCUAAGGUCGCUGAGGAACCUGUAGAUGAUUGGUUUGCAGAUAUUGGUCAUCUUCCAGAAGCGAGCAAGUUAAAGCUCUAUGCACAGGUCUGCAAAGCUUAUGUCGGUCCCUUUCUGAGUAGAGACCCGCCUGACCACACCUUAUUCAUGAACACUUCCCGACAUGACAGAUCAGCCAUGGCCAGCUCCAACAUCCCCAACCUUCCUAGUAACAUCGGUGGUCCCUCAUCAGUCCCUGGUAGCACUAACCACCUCAGUGGUGCACCAGGGAUGCUUGGUAUGGGUAGUGUAGCUCCUUCAGGACCCACGCAGGGACCUCAAGGAGAUGGGAUGGGACCUAGCGGAGGGAACCCACAACAGGGUAGUAUAAACAUGCCAGCACCAACCCUAACAGGACCUCCUGGUACUGGAUCUCAACAAGACUCCUCCGAGAAGACAGAACCUAAGGAGAACGAGACCGGAAUCAAUAUUCCAGAUGUCUCUGACUAUGAGAAACCGCCGUCUCCAGCCGUAGUGGUCUACAUCAUUGAUCCAUUCAGCACUGAUGAUGACUAUGGGGAGAGGUCUAUGUCCACUCUAGCCCUGCUUAAAAGCUUUGCUGAGAUACAACAACAUGUUCAGGGGGAUCUUAAGAAGAAUAUCAUCUUGCAGAUCAUUCCACUGCAGCAGAUUCUUCAGGUUGCCAAUAGCGACAUGUCAACACGUCUUCUCAGUCAGAUCAAGUGCCAUGCCUUCUCCGUCUUCUCACAGUGUCGGCGCCAUCUGCUGCCCUCUAUCGCCGGACGCAGUCUAACAGGCUUCGGUCCCGCUGCCGAGCUAGACAGAAUACUAAGAGCAAAUAAAGAUGGCCCUAAACCUCAGUACCGUCUGUACUCCCCACCCUACGUACUGGCCCCCCUCAAGGACAAACAGACAGAACUUGGUGAAUCCUUCGGUGAGCUGAGGCAAGCCUGCGGAGAGCUAUUCUGUGGUUACUGCCUGUCACAUGAUCAGCGGUUGCUACUGGUAUCCUGUACAGACUCUAAAGGGGAGAUGAUGGAGACCCAAGUUAUUAACAUUGAUGUGCCUAAUAGGAAACGAAGGAAAAAGGUGUGUGUGAGGAACAUUGCCCUGAUCAAACUAUGGGACUUCCUGAUGGGGGUCAUGUCUAAAGCAGCCGUACCAUGGAGACUCGUUGUGGGCCGCUUUGGACGUCUUGGACAGGGUGAACUCAGGGAUUGGAGCGCAUUACUCAGCAGACGGUCUUUAACGACCCAGAGUCAAACGCUGAAGGAGAUGUGCAACAUGUGUAACGUGACGGGUAACAAUGAUUACCCCUGUAUCCUUAGUGCCUGCUUGGUCUCCAUGGAACCUGAGCCUGGUCUGCGCAUCAUGGCAGAUUCUGUAGCAGCAGAUAAAUGCAGUAAGAAUGCACAACGGGACCAGCCGAGCUGUCAGCUACACACGCCAGAUGAUGCCACCUGCACACAUAUUCAUGUCUUCCCUACCAGCGCUACCAAACAGGUUGCAAGCGGCCCAUUCCAAGCUGAGCCCAUGAUGGAUCUAUCCUUCACCAACACCAACGACAAUGUCCUACCAGUCGAAGAUGAUCUUCUCUUAUUCACAGAGGGAUUAGACAACCAGGACUUGGCCCAUAUCCUUGGGCUAGGUUCCCCGCCUAAGAUGAACAUGGGUUCACCGGUAGCUUCUCCUACUGGACACUCCCCUGGACCAAGCUCACCAAGUGGUCAACAGAUGAACAUGGCAUCUAACAGUGAGAACAUGAAUAAGAACACCAACCAGCAGAUAUUGCCAACAGAGCCUGAGGAGAAUCUUCUACAGCAGCCUUUAGCCAUGGGCUUCUUUGUCUCCACAGCUAAGACUGGUCCGUUACCAGACUGGUUCUGGUCCUCAUGCCCAGAGGCUGUCAACAAUUGCCCUGUCUUCCUCAAGGCGGCGUUACAUUUACACAAUGCCUCAGUUCAGCAGAUGUCUGAUGACAUUCUCCAGACUAAACACACUCAUCCUCUGGAUUCUAACCUUACAACGGAUGUACUCAGGUAUGUACUGGAAAGCUACAACAGUCUGUCAUGGCUGAACGUGGAUCCAUCGAGUGGAGAUCGGCGGUCGUGCCUCCCCAUUCAUCUUGUGGUUCUCAUGCAACUCUACAAUACAAUAGCAGCCCUCUUUUAAACCAAGCGGGUCACUUCUACACUUCAAGUCCACUCAUCAUCAUCUUUGGAUGUUUCUCAAAUCAUAGAAACCUUGAUCAAACUGAGAGUUCCAAACUUUUGCCAAUAAUUGUGCCCUGACGCCCAAGAUUGACUCAAUAUUUUGAGACUAUAUAGGUAGGGAUAACUCUUGAAUUAUGCUGAAUGGAAGUGUUUUAUUUGUGUUUUGUCUCAAGUUCAUCCAGUCCUGUUUUGUUUUUUAAAUGGUGACUCAAAGUAGAAACUCUUGUUGGAGUUGGUUACAUAUUGGAAUCUGGACUGAACCAAGAGAGCUGAACCCUGUAUUAGACGCCCUUGUGUAAUUCUUGGAGACUACUAUUUAUUCUAUGGAGUAUCUGAUGCCCUCAAGUAACGAUGUAAGACUGUUGGAGAAGAAUUGUCAGUCUGACUUGCAGAAUGGAUCGUGGAGAUCUCUGGAUUGACAGCAGAAUGACUCGGAGUGAGUAGAUGCAUCUUAACACCAUGUUGGAGACAGCAACACCAAUGUCCGAGUGGAGCCUGUGCAGAGAUUGUGACCGCAUGUUCCUCCGUAUGUCAUAGGGGUAAGCGUUUUUAUUACAACAGUUGUCACCUAGCUUUGAUAAGGAUCAUCUGCUGCCCUCUAUUGAGAGAUAAGAGAAAGUAAGUUCAACGUUCUCUAUCUAAUGUUAUGGAAUACUAUUUGAAUGUCUAUUGGAUUGCGUGCGAAUGUUAUAAUACUCCUGGUUCUGGUCUUGAAAGGAUUUGUCUCUGUCAUAACAAGCUUCGGUGUGUCGGGCCUGCUCAAUACUACAAAGCAUUAUGGAAUGAAUGAUUGAUUACUCGUACAUGUGAUUGAUAUCAACAAUAAAUCAACAAAAUAAUUUAAGUAAAUGGAUACAAUGCACCCACCACUAAUCUUUCGGUUACGUUUUAAGCCCCCUUCCCCCCCCCUCCCCCUCUCAAUCUUUGUCAUGGUUUGAUGAUCCAGAAAUGUCAAGUCAUCACACGCAGGCCCCAGUUUCAUAAUGUUGUGAAGCAGGCAAUAGUUUUGAGCAGUGAAAAGCAAAAACUUGAUUGCGACAUCAGUUGUGAUUAUUUCAAGACAUUUUUGUUGUGCUGAGAAAAAUUAUUCAGUGUGUUAAAUUCUCACACUCACCAGAAAAUGAAUAGUGACUUUUAUAGCAGUUAAGAUGCUCAAUCACUUGACAGAGUUUCCAUGGUUAUAGCUCUGUACACACUUUAUCAAGCGGAAUGUUUUCGCUGAAAGUUUGUGAAACAUUACCAAGCAUUAAAACAACCCAUGACAAAAAUUUCAUAGUGAUAUCUUUUCACAUCUGUUGAUGAUUUUGUUUGUAGGCAUUUUUAUCCAACUACAAUUAAUUAAUUUUUUUUUUAUAUUUUUUUUAUAUAUUAUUCUAUUCAACUCAACUGGAAUAUGACUUGCCCUAUCACUCAUAAACUGUUGUACCAUCAACAAAACAAAGCUCAAUCCAGAAAAAAAGGUAAUGUUUUGAUGUAGUCCUAUUUUGUAUUAUAUAAACAAUAGUAUGUUUCUGCACUGAGGAAAUGGACUGGGUAAAAAUGCAAUAAGAAAAUGGUAUAUUCCCUUUAGCAUUAAAGAAUGCAAUGAAAACUUCACGAAGAUGCAAAAGGGACUUUAAAAUUCUACUAAAAAAGGAGAAUGGUAUUUGGAAAUACAAAGUUUCAUUUGAACUCACAAAACAAGACAAAAUUGAUGAGUUAUUGAACUGUAGAGCAAGACAGAAGUCCAGCCCAAACAAGUGGGUAUCUUUGUAGGGGAUGUAUGGAUUUCUUGACUUUCCUAUUCACACAGCAGCAAACAAGUGGGUAUCUUUGUAGGGGAUGUAUGGAUUUCUUGACUUUCCUAUUCACACUGCAGCAAACAAGUGGGUAUCUUUGUAGGGGAUGUAUGGGUUUCUUGACUUUCCUAUUCACACAGCAGCAAACAAGUGGGUAUCUUUGUAGGGGAUGUAUGGAUUUCUUGACUUUCCUAUUCACACUGCAGCAAACAAGUGGGUAUCUUUGUAGGGGAUGUAUGGGUUUCUUGACUUUCCUAUUCACACAGCAGCAAACAAGUGGGUAUCUUUGUAGGGGAUGUAUGGGUUUCUUGACUUUCCUAUUCACACAGCAGCAAACAAGUGGGUAUCUUUGUAGGGGAUGUAUGGAUUUCUUGACUUUCCUAUUCACACUGCAGCAAUUUAACUAGGGUUCCAUGCUUACGUCCUUGGUCAAAACUUCCGCUAGUGUAAGAUGUUGUCGUAGGUCCGGACCUGCGACAAAAUGUAGCAAUG